AUGCGACUUAGAUAUCUGCUGCACCUGGGUUUAGCUGCUCACGCGUCUGCAGAAGCUCUUACCACCAUCCUAGCCAACAACAAUGCCACACUAAGCACCUUAUCCAAUCUGCUCCCCCUCGUGCCAGAUGUCGUCCAGACUCUGUCCACGGCCCGGAAUGUGACGAUACUGGCCCCGUCGAACACUGCCUUUGCCAAUCUCAUGAUGAGGAACCCGAGAUCCGCCGAGCUGAUGAGGAACCCAGAGGCACUAGCCGGGGUACUCCAAUAUCAUGUGUUGAUGGGCAAGUUGAUGUCCAAAGACUUCUCGCCAACGCCGAAGUUCGCCGCGACUUUACUUGUGAUGCCGUUUGCCAAUGUUACCGGUGGCCAAAAGGUUGAAUUGGCUAUGGUAAACGAGACGGCAAGGGUGUUCUCGGGAUAUAAGCAGAUGGCCAGCGUUGUUACUGCAGACGUUGAGUUUGACGGCGGCAACGUUGUGCAUAUCAUUGACACAGUGCUCACUGUCCCAGUGAACCCCGAGCAGACAGCGAUCAACACAGGGCUUACAUCACUCGCUGGGGCAUUGACGGCCGCAGGGCUAGUCGACGGGGUGAACUCACUCUCCGACGUUACCAUCUUCGCCCCAACGAACGACGCGUUCAAGGCCAUCGGAUCUGCGCUCGGGUCACAGAGUAUUGAGGACAUUGUCGGCAUUCUAGGCUACCACGUUCUGACGCAGCAAGUCCGGUUCAGCACCGACUUGCUAAGUGCGGAUCAAAUGACACUCUCGACGUUUCAAGGAGACAACAUCACCAUCCGCAGGGACGGCAGUCAGUUGUUUGUCAACUCGGCGAAGGUGGCCAUCGCAGAUGUCCUGACAAGCAACGGGGUGAUACAUGUAUUAGACAACGUUCUUAAUCCUUCCAACACUACAGCGACCCCCGAUCCGUCAGCUCCAACACAGGCACCGGCAUUUUCUGGGGCGUCCGCCGUGGCCGAAGCCCCUUUGACCUCCGGCAUUGAGCCCACUACGACCUUUAUUCCCGCCACGCUGCCACUGAACGAAGGGGGCACUUUCACCGCCAAGAAGCAGAAGAUCCUCUCCCAACUCUCCGUGCCCGACGCACAAUACAGCGAUGCCUCGCCCAAGGGCACCGUCGACGCAGGCAUCCGCCAACUCAUCGACCAGGUCAAUGCGCACGCCGGCCUCGUGACGACGAGUAGCUGCGCCGGACGCGUGAGCGUGUAUCUCGAGGGGAAGAAGACGGCGGUCACGGUCGGUAAGGGCGAUGCGGGCGAGGGGCUGGAGGCCGUUCCCAACAGAAACGCGGCGAGCUCGGCCGGCGGGAAGGGUGGUGGAGAAUGGUUGUUUGUGUCCCACGAGCCGGUGGCGGCGGAGCACGAUGAUGGUGGUGGUGGUGGCGGAUACGAGGUGUUGUUGCUGGGCCUUCAGCCGAGCGUGGUGGAAGGAGAAGAAAGGACGCAGCAUCUUGGUGAACUGACUGGGCCGUCGAGGCUGAUUCAUUUCAAAUUUGAGCCAAUGGUGCCUGACGCCGAUUUCCAGAUUCUACAUGUCCUAACCGCCUCGCUGGAGCAUGCACAGCUGGUCAUCCAGGCCGGCAUGGAGGCAGGCUUCCGUGAGGCUGGGGCGGUCAGCUUGCUUGGGCGGCCACCGGAUGAGGAAGCAAUGCCAGUGGUUGCUAUUCGGUCGAUGGGCUUAUCUUUUGAGUCGCUGGUCGGCGCUGAAACGGACGGCGUUCGCCGGUCGCUUGUGUCGCGACAGUAUCUGAAGACACUUGUGCAGAUAGCCAAUGAGCGGUUUGUUGAGAACGAGAGAAGGAUAGCCAGGUUUAGCGCCGCUCUGGAUGCUAUUUUCGCCCCUCCCAAGGGCGACGACGACUGGGAAGAUGCGCAGGCAAGACGCGAGCGCAAAAGACAGGAGGGCUUGAGACGGCGGGAGCAGCUCAAGAAAGAUAAGACCAAGCCUGCAGAUGAGCCGAGCAUAGACUUAUUAGAACAAGCGGACGUCUUAUGA